CUUCUGUCUGUCAGACAGCAGCAGUCCGUAAACAUGGCUGGUGUUGGUUUCCGACGCUGGGCCCAGGCUCUCUCCAGGGGGAAAGGUUCUGGCCUUUCAGCCCUUUUGCCGGGAUGUAGAGCAGCCUCUGGUGGUUCAAAGGCUGAUCUACCUAGUUCCUACCCGUUGACCCCCGAAGCGAAGGCUGCUGCUGCAAAGAAGUACAAUAUGAGGGUGGAGGACUAUAAACCAUAUCCCAACCAGGGCGAGGGCUAUGGUGAUUAUCCAAAGCUACCAGAUACAUCUCAGCAGGAGAGGGACCCCUGGUACCAGUGGGACCACCCUGACCUGAGGAGGAACUGGGGAGAGCCGAUACAUUGGCAUUUCGACAUGUUCACCAGGAACCGUGUGGAUACGUCUCCCACCAUUUUGUCCUGGUCCUCCAUGUGCAAACAGCUGUUUGGUUUCAUCGGGUUCAUGCUGUUCAUGUUCUACCUUGGGGAGAAAUAUCCAUCUUACCAGCCUGUUGCACCAAAACAGUAUCCCUUUAACAACCUGUACUUGGAGAAAGGAGGAGAUCCGAAAAAACAACCAGAGGAAGUCGUAAAUUAUAAAAUCUAAUGACUGGAUGAGUCUAACUGUGUAUAUAUAUCUCUGUCAAUAAUAAAAACUCCUAUGAAGUUACA